AUGGCGCCUAUCUCUAGGGGCGCCUAUUUGGGCGCCUGUCUCUAUGGGCGCCUAUCUCUAUGGGCGCCUAUCUCUAUGGGCGCCUAUCUCUAUGGGCGCCUAUCUCUAGGGGCGCCUAUCUAUAGGGGAGCCUCUCUAUGGGCGCCUCUCUUUAGGGGCGCCUGUUUCUAUGGGCCCCUAUCUCUUUGGGCGCCUAUCUCUAUGGGCGCCUAUCUCUAUGGGCGCUUAUCUCUAGGGGCGCCUAUCUCUAGGGGCGCCUUUUUCUAUGGGCACCUAUCUCUAGGGGCGCCUAUCUCCAUGGGCGCCAAUUUCUAUGGGCGCCUAUCUCUGUGGGCGCCUAUCUCUAUGGGCGACUAUCUAUAG